AUGUUGCGCAUUCGGAUGGUUUCCGGCACCGACAUCGUGGCCCUCUCUGAAGAUGAGCUGGCGGAUCUGUUCACCGAGCAAGACCAGGUUGUCAGGGGAUUGAAGCGGCACUUGCAGAGUUUGCUGGGCCUACCACGCUUCCGCCAGCGGCUGCUGCACGAAGGAUCCAUCUUGCGCGACGAUGCCGGGCUGUAUGUGCCGCUGUGUUUGCAGUUGGUGCUGUUAAACUUCUGCAUUCCUGAAGCCCCGCUCCUGGCGGAAUUUACGCGAGCGGUGGAGGCGGACAAUGUACCGGCUGUGGAGUUGUUCUUGCAGCUGCCCGUGGAUCCGAACCUGCUGGUUGAUCGGAGCCGGCCAGGGCUCAGUGUGGCUGCCGGUAGUGGGAGCCUGCGGACUGCGAAGCUCUUCUUGGAGGCCUUUGCGGAGGUGGAUCGCACGGACACCAAUGGCGCCACUCCCCUCGAGGCUGCCUGCCGCGGUGGGCACGUGGACGUGGCGCGCCUGCUGGUGGAGUCUGGGGCCGACAAAGACGCGGCCCAAAUCGGCGGAGCCACGCCGAUGCACUCCGCCUGCCGGAACAAUCGGAUUGAGAUUGUGCGCUUUCUUGUGGAGGUAGGCGCCAACACCGGAAAGGCUGAGGCACUUCUCGACUUGUGCGUGCUCAUUCUUGAGCCAGAUAUCGUCCGGAUAGCGCGAAUGAUCCUGCAAGCGUGUCAUCCUUGCGCAGGAUACGCUCAAAACUUGGUACACUUCUUGAUAAGUGCACCCUUGCUGCAUGCCCACUAA